UGGUAAAAUUACAACUCUGAAUUUUUUCAUUUUGGCUUGAUGUGCUGUUGGCUUUUUCGGUUUAAAUAAUUUUAUUAAUUGCUUCAUAUAAAGUUAAUAAAAUGUAAAUCCAAUAACUUAAAAGCACCAGUGAAGUAUUGCGAAAAGAUUUUACCAAUUUCGGUUCGAGUUUAUUCAUUUCUGUGCAUUUUAUUUGCGGCCUUCAUACCAGAAACAACCUGUGAAACUUGUUUUUGUUGUUGUUGUGUUCGAUAAUUCAGAAGAAAAGUCUCGGUCGUGUUCUUGUAUGAGGAGUGGCUGAAUUUGUGAAGAAGUUAAAAAGUGACAUAAACGUCAAAACAGCGGCUAAAAAGUGCUUAGAAAAUUUGUGAUUGGGUAUUGGGGAAAUCGCAGGCGAAGUCUAAAAAGACAAAACUGAUACCCACCAAAAAGCAGUAAGAACAGGAUCAGUAGGUUUGUGCCAACGACGUACAAGUUUAACUUUAAAACACAGACGCAAACAAUUGUGGGGCGGUGGCGGCGGCGCAGUUGUCGUAUUUGAACCAACUACAAGUUGCUGCAUCAACUCUGGCUUGACGUUAGCUUAAAGUAAGACAGAAUUAGGAUACGAACUGGGAAAAUUUAUAACAACGACGACGAUACCGAUUGGACAUAUAUAGCAACAACUUUAAUGAAGUAGAUAAGACGCGUGUUUGUGAGAGGUGUCGAAAGUGGUUUGGCGAAUGCUUGUGUUCAUGUAAAAUUUGCUAGCGGGAAAUGUUGCGCUUUUUAAGUCGUCGGAAGGUGCGUAGCAACUAUGUGGAAAGCAGAGGAGGCGUUGCCGGUGGUCCAGGCGGAGCUGGUGUCACAAAUGCAAACAGUAGUAGCGGCACGCAAAUUAAGGCUCAGCGUAUGCCAGUCAACAAAAAUAAAAUCGAAUGUCGUGUAGUGCUUUUAGACAACACUGAUCUCUCCAUCGAACUAUCAAAAAAGGCACUCGGUUGCGUUUUAUACGAGCAAGUAUUCUAUGCAUUAGAUGUAAUCGAAAAAGAUUACUUCGGCUUGCAGUUUACCGAUGCGAAUCAUGUUAAGCACUGGCUAGAUCCUACUAAGCCUAUAAAGAAGCAAGUGAAGAUCGGACCACCAUACACUUUUCGUAUGAAAGUUAAGUUCUAUUCAUCGGAGCCGAACACAUUACGCGAGGAGUUGACACGCUAUCUAUUCUUCCUACAAUUGAAACAAGAUCUACUAGAAGGACGCUUAGAUUGUCCCGAUGACAAAGCUGCUGAAUUGUGUGCGCUCGCAUUGCAAUCUGAACUUGGUGAUUACGAUGACCAGGUGCAUACAGCGGCCACAGUUUCGGAAUUCCGCUUUGUACCGGAACAAACUGAGGAUCUCGAAAUUGCCAUAUUGGAGGAGUAUAAGACAUGUCGUGGUCUGACACCGGCGCAAGCAGAAACUGCCUACUUAAAUAAAGCUAAAUGGUUGGAUAUGUAUGGCGUUGAUAUGCACACAGUCUUGGGUAAAGACGGUUGUGAGUAUCAUUUAGGUCUAACACCAACUGGUAUUUUGGUUUUUGAACGUGAUCAAAAAAUCGGCUUAUUCUUCUGGCCGAAAAUAAGUAAAUUGGAUUUUAAAAAAAAGAAACUCACGCUAAUCGUUAUCGAAGAUGAUGACGAAGGACGCGAACAGGAACACACUUUCGUCUUUCGUUUAUACAAUGAGAAGGCGUGCAAACAUCUGUGGAAAUGUGCCGUAGAGCAUCAUACAUUCUUCCGUUUGCGUGCGCCUGUCAAAGGACCAUCCGCACGUCAAAACUUCUUCCGUAUGGGUUCACGUUUUCGCUACUCUGGACGCACCGAGUUUCAAACCACACAGCAAAGUCGUGCGCGACGCACUGUACAGUUUGAGCGACGUCCGUCACAACGUUUCGCCAGUCGACAAUCGCAUCUGCUACGUGAUCGUCAGAAAGCAUCACAAGAAGCGGCUGCCUCUGCGGUAGCCGCGGUGAAUGCACGUGCCGCAGCAGCCGCCGCUGCCGCAGUUGAACCGGCAAACACUACGCUCGACUCGCUGCUCACGAACACAUCCGCAAUAGAGCAACCGUCCAUCGCAGCUACACCCUCGCCAUCCAUACAAACGGUAAUUUACAAUGGCAAUGCGGAUUUGUUAAAUGACACGGCCACAUGCAGUGCGGCUGCUGGGCGUAGCAGCAGCAGUGGUGUGCGUCGUAAUUCCAUGCGCUCGGAUUCGAGUGGCGAAGAGAGUGGCUACACUAAACUCGAUUGUUUCAAUAAGGAAGGCUUGGCAGUGAAGCUUGAUACUGAUUCGAUUGGCGCCACCAGUAGCGUAUAUCCACCAACUAGCACGAAGAAUGCCGAUGAUACCAAUCCGUUUAGAAAUAAUGCCUCCUCGCAUCACGGUUCCUUUGGCAAGGCUUCCAUUAGCUCGGGCUUCAGCAUUAGAAGUGCCUUAUCGGACAAAGAUAAAGAGCUAGAUUCAUUACUUAAGUCCAUUGUUAAAGAUCCAUCCCCAUCUAUACUAGCAACUGAAGCUAUUAAUGAUGCUAACAGUAUCAGGGUAACGAUAAACAAAACUUUCGAUAUGGAACAUAACACAGAGACACUGAAACGUCUUUCCAGCUCGGAUAAGCCGAAUAAUCAAGUGAAGCUUGCGAAUGUUGGUGGUGGCGCAUUGCCGCCCGGACACAUAAAAUGCAAUAUUUUGAAGGCGCGCGUUGAAGAGGAGCUCGGCAGCGGCGUGCACUCGAAUGCCAAUACGAAUGCGAAAAUGACAAAUCAAAUGUUUGUGCCCGCGCCAAGCACUGUGCAACACAACAACAGCAAUAGCAUAUUUAGCAGUAUUAAUACGAACAACAACAAUAACACGAUGUAUAGCAGUGAUGGCCCAGACUCAUUGAAUGCCACCUACAUCUCUGUGGGCGGUGAUAAACUAACUUUGAGCAUAACGGAACAAAAGCCAACGAGCAGCACCGCAAUCACUGUGGGCAAUGGCAAUGCCGAUGCGAGCGCAUCAAGCGCAUAUGUUGCAGAUACGUCUGUUGUUUUGCCAUCGCCCACAUCACCAACGGCGCGCAAGAUAACCGCUUCCAAAACGACAAUCUCGCCAUUUUCCAAUGCCACAUUCAUAUCCGAAUUCAAUAGCAUGAGUCCCACCAACGCCACAUCGUCGUCGUCUUACAAUACCAAUACGCAUACAAGCACAGUUUUCACCACAACCACACAAACACCGAAUCCUGCCAACGCCAACGAAACGUUUUCAAUACGUAAAGGUAAUGCCAAUGCAACAAGUGACAAUCUGUUGUUGACACCCAACACGCCAACAACAAAUAUUGCCACCAUUACCACACCGCCACCGACGCCAACGCACACAUUCAGCGCCACAGCGGCGAGCAAUGCCUCCGCUGCUGAGCGUUUAAUUAACGAGAUUUUCAUUAAUAACAUUAUAAAUAAUAAUGUGCGCGCAACGAAUGAGAAGAAGUCGGCCAGCAGCAGCAGCAGCACCCUCAUCGGUAAGCACAAUGAGGUGGAAUUGGUGAACAUCGAUGGCGGCGGUGGCAACAAGUCGCCAACCAAGCCAUCCGCCGGCACAACGCUGUUCUCCACCUUGCGCGAGCAGGAGCGUCAACAGCAGCAUGUGAACGAUGUGACUAACGAGCAGGAGCGCUGUGAAACUGAUGCGCAAAUGCUAAUGAAAAAAGAAAUCGAGAAUAAGCAUCAAAAUAAUCACUCCGUCACACAUAUACCGAACAACAGCGACAUGGUAUCACCUUGGUUAGUGUCCUCGGAAGUGGUUUCGGCGCCUAAAGGCAAGGAACCCACAAUUAUACGAAAAUCUGUUAUAACGACGCAAUUAUAAGUGCUCAAUUUACUGAAGAUUAAAUUAGUUAGAAAACCACAACAAGCGAUGUGCAACAUUUAAGUUGCAUUAAAAAUCAAAACAAAAAAAAUUAUUAGAAAUUUAUUUAUUGAAAUUUUCGAAAGUGUAUGCCAAUACCGAAAUUAGAAUAUAAUUUCAUUAAAGAGGAUAUAUAAAACUUUCCAGAAGUUAGAGCAGUAGUGAAAGGAAAUGGUAUACAAGGAUAUAAAAUAAUUAUGUGGCAGCAAGGCAUAAGUGCUUAACUUGAUUUUAUAAAGUUUUGAAAACGGUAGUAAAAAAAUUUUAAUUUUUGAAGUUUUUAGUGUUGAAAAUCAAUAACAAAUAAUAUAAUUUUUUUUUUUUUUCAAAAUAUUUUGUUUUCUAAUUUUUUUCAAAAAUAUUUUUUUUUUCCAAAUUUUUUUCAAAAAUAUUUUUUUUUUUCAAAUAUAUUUCAAAAAAGUUUUGUUUUCAAAUAAAAAAAAAAUUUCAAAAUUAAAAAAAAACAAGCAAGCAAAAAACAAAAAAUUUUUUUUAAAUGUUUUUUCAAAAAUAUUUUUUUUUUCAAGUUUUUUGUUUAAUUUUCUUUUAAUUUAUUUCAACAAUAUUUUUAUUUUUCAAAUUUUUUUCAAUAUUUUUUUUUUUUAAUUUUUUUCAAAAAUAUUUUGAAAUGCAGCUAAUUUAUUUCUACCAAUAAUUGAAGCAAUCUUCUAAAUCAAUAUUAACGCUUAUGCCUUUUCAACAUAAUUUUUUUUGCUCAAUAGCAUUUUAAUUACGUUAAACGAUAUUCCAUUGCUAGCAUAAUGCUUUAUGCUUUCAUGCGUACUUAAUUACAGCAUUCCAUUUUACUAUUUAUACUUACAUAUACAUACAUACAACACUUUGGCGUAAUUAAAAUAUACUAUACACAUAUAUGUAAAUGUUUAGAGACUAUGCGCAGCUCAUUAUGUACUUAAGUUUACUUCGAAAGAAUAUUAUGUAAAGUGAAAAUCACUAACACACAUACAUACAAUACAUGUGUAUAAACAACAAGAACAACUGAACAAUGAUAAAACGUAACGAAUGUUUGUGCCUUAUUGUACUACAUACCUACAUAUAUACAUACAUAUAUAGUGUUCCAAAUCUAACUAAAAACUAAAGCUAAAGCAAUUGUUGCGCAUAAGUACCCGCCUGAAAAGCAUUUGAAAAGAAAAAAUCUUAUCAUACAUGUCCAAUUGAAAAUAAGUGAUUAUAGCGAAACUACUUAGAGCCACCAAUGAAUGGCAUUUGAACUUAAACGGGGUUUGUGGUGUUCGAAUUGACAAUGUUUUAAUUUCAUAUUGCAUUAUUUAUAUACUCUUGGUUAAUAAUGCAAGGCAGUAAGUGUGCAGAAUGCGUCACAUAAAUCAAUUUUAUAGCGUGCGCGCUCGCUUGUAAACGCAAUUAAUCAAUUUUCGCGCGAAAAUAUUUAUUGUAUUAUUUUUGUGUGUAGACAAGUUGCGUUGACACUUGCCAUAAGCGGUAAUAAUACAUAUUUGAAAGCAUAAAUGCCACACACUGAUAUUUUGAUAUACUUAAUAAAUAAUAAAUUGCUUAACGGUAGUUAUAUAAUUGGUGGAGCGUAAUUAUUUGCGAUAUGACAAAUUAAGUAAUUAGUAGUGCGAAUUGGAGAUAUUUGAGAUAUUUCUUUGUAGUAAACGAACAAAAUAUAAAAAGUACAACGAUUAAUUGAGUAAUUAUUAAUUUUUUUUUUGAAAAUUCGAAAUUUUUUUUUGAAAAACGUUACAAGUUCAUUAUAGUACAAUUAUCGCAGCUAAAAUUGCGCAUUUUUUAUAAAUACUUAAAAAGUAUAAGAACUAAAUUUCAAAAAUAUACAUUCGCUUAUGGUGCUAAAGGAGCAGCUAAAUACUUUAAAACGUCCAUUUUUAAUUUUAUUUCCCCUAAACUUGCUCAAAAAGUAAAAAAAAAAUACAAAAUUUUUAAAUAAUUAUUUAAAUUAAAUAAAAAGUAUACUUAAAACUGUAAUAUUUAAUAUACAAAGCUGACACAAAAGAAAAAUAAUAACUCGCGAAAAAAUAAUUAUUUGAUACACCACAAACCUCCGCCUUAAUUAACUAACCUAACUACUACCUUGUUAUUGGCAUUAGACAUACUAUAUACAUAC